GGUUGGUGUUCGUCUUUCAAUCUUGUACGUGACCUCUACCUUUCAUCAUGCAGAUCAAGUCCGCUUUCGUGGCUGCGGCCAUUCUCGCCUUUUGUGAUGCGCUUACGACUCCCCUCAGCGCACGCUCACCGUACGUCGUGAAGGAGACCCACUAUGUGCCUAAGGAGUGGCAGAAGCAAGAUCGUGCUCAUGGAAGAAAGACCAUCUCCCUCCAGAUUGGUCUGAAGCAGGGCCGCUUCGAGGAGCUUGACCGUCACCUCCACGAGGUUUCUGACCCUGAUCAUGCUCGUUACGGUCAGCACUUGACCGCUGAAGAGGUUGAUGAGCUCAUCAGGCCCUCUUCUCAGACACACGACCUUGUGCACGAUUGGCUCCAGGAGAACGGCAUUGAGAUUGAGAACCUGAGCUACAGCGCCGCCAAGGAUUGGAUCGUUGUGCGUUUGCCCAUUGAGCAGGUCGAAAAGCUCAUUGAAACCGAGUACCACAACUACAAGCACCAUGACGGCUCGGUUGUUGCUCGUGCUACAAGCUGGUCGCUUCCACGCAACCUGCACGACCACAUCGACACCAUUCAGCCUACCACUUCGUUCUUCCGCGCUGAGAAGAACAUCGCUACCUACCUUGAGGGUGGCGCUGAGAUUCCUCAGGGCUACCAGGUCCCUUCCAACCAGACCAUUGCUGCUGUUUGCAAUGCAACCUCAGUUACCCCUCAGUGCUUCGAGACCCUUUACCAGACCAAGGGCUACAAGCCCAAGGCCCUCGACAAGAACAACGUUGCAUUCAACAACUUCCUUGGCGAGGUCCCUAUUCGCCCGGAUGGAAAGCUUUUCCUCGAGAAGUUCCGUCCUGAGUCUGUAGCCCAGGCGGCAAACUUCAAGCAGAUCUCUAUCGCCAACGGCCCAGUUCAGGAUGGUCCUCUGAGCGCCAACCAGACUGCUAAUGGCCUCAGCCGGGAGGCCAAUCUGGACUUCCAGGCCAUUGCUGGUAUCGACUACGGCACACGUAUCAUCAGUUACUCGACCGGUGGCUCACCCCCAUUCAUCCCGGAUCUCUCGACUCCAGAAAACACGAACGAGCCCUACCUGGUCUGGGUCAACUACCUGCUCUCACAGAAGGAUCUUCCCAAGAUCGUCUCCACCUCUUAUGGUGACUCUGAGCAGACAGUUCCCCGCUCAUACGCUGAGCGUGUCUGCAAACAGUUCGCUCAGGCAGGUGCCCGCGGUACCACUCUCUUCUUCUCCUCUGGUGACAGCGGUCUUGGUGGUACCGACAAGUGCUUCACCAACGAUGGCAAGAAAACCUACCAAUUCAACCCUGAUUUCCCCGCCUCUUGCCCAUACGUUACCGCCGUUGGCGCUACCAUGAACUUCGCUCCCGAGGAGGCUGUCUACCGGGCCGGUCGCAACACCUCUUCUGGCUUCCGCGACCUUUACGCUGGUGGAUCCGGCUUCAGCAACUACUUUGACCGACCCACAUGGCAGGGCAACGUCGUUCCUCAGUACAUCAAGCAACUUGACGGCCUGUACGACGGCCUGUACAACAAGACGGGUCGUGCGUAUCCCGAUCUUGCUGCCCAGGGUUUGUACUUCGCCUACUUCUGGAACGGCACACAAGGCACCAUUUCUGGUACCUCUGCCUCCACUCCUCUCACUGCCGGUAUCUUCUCACUCGUCAACGAUGCUCUGAUUGCUAGCGGUAAGCCUGCUCUCGGUUUCAUCAACCCCUGGCUUUACAAGAAGGGAUACAAGGGCCUGAACGACAUCCUUAAGGGUACCAGCCACGGCUGCAACGUUGACGGCUUCCCGGCUACUGAGGGCUGGGACCCUGUCACCGGCUGGGGAACACCGAACUUCCCCAAGCUGCUCAAGGCCGUUGGUGCGAAGAUCCACUGAAGCAUUCGAUUUAGCGGAGCGUGUUGCGUUGGGUGUGUGUGUGUAGUUCAUGUAAACGAGACCGAGAUGUGGCAUGCUUGAUGGUAUAUAGCGACGAAUAGUGUCCAAUUAUGAACAACAGAAGCUACUUCGUGUACGCCAUACAAUUAUACUUUAAAUACCCUAGCGGAUGAGAAUACAUACUUCAACAGUGAUUCGGGCACGCUCAGACUCUUUCCAGAGACGUAGAGAAGGGGUUUCAACCGUCUAAUCCGCCGUUCGAUGUGGCCACGUCAGGAUUGGGGUAGUACCAGGAUGCGACCGCUACGAUAAUAUACACGAUGACAAGGAGUGCGCCCUCCAAGUAAUUGGACUCGCCAUCACGCAGGAAGUUGCCAACCACGACAAUGGAGAGCACAAGCAACACGAUCAUGAAGAUCUCGAAGUUAAGGUCCAUG